UCGUAAAAUGAUCCGUUCCUUGCCAUCAUGAACAAUCUUUAGUCAUUGUUCAACAAUCUUAUUGAUUUAUGCGUAUUUUUACCAUUUUAUGGCCUUACUUAUUUGGUAUUAUUAUCCCAUGCUUUCAUCAUGGAAAGUGGUGUUGUGUUAUUCAACGAAAAAAGAAAGUGGUGUUGUGAGAAGCUUGUCAAGGCUCGGUAAUGCCAACUGUGAAUCAUUCCUGAAGAAGGAAAGUCUUGAGCAACGGUUGAAUACAUCCUGACAAGGAAAGUAUAUGGUAAAAUCAAGAAAGGAAAGAUCGGACUAAUCAAAAGAAGAUCAUGGACAACGGUAGACAGAAUGAGAGUAUUAAUACAAUUGUAAUCUCACCAGCAGAGGACACUUUUCGAGACUCUGUCUGUGCAAUCGAGAAAGAGAGAAACAGGGGUUGUGAGAUAGGGUGAAAAGGAGAAGUCAGUAGCAGUUGGGGAAAUUGCUGGUAGAAUAGCGAGUAUUCUUGGUUAGGUUUUCAGGGAGAGAGCCAAUUCUGAGUCUGAUCGGUGACGGAGAGUUGCCUGGAGAUUGAGUGUAACAGUGAUUGGUUGUAAAGCUCAUAGUGGAACGUCGGAGGUCUCGUUUGAGAACCUUCGGCCGUGGAUUAGUCGGUACUAAAUCAAAUAGUACCGGAUACCACGUAAAAACUCGGGUUCUCGUUGUGUUGAUUGCUUUUGGUUAAAGUUUGGUUCUUGCUGUUGGAUGCUCUGUUUUGCAGGUUUCUCAGUCGAACAGGGAAGUCUGCUCAAGAACAGGUUUGGUUAAGAAUCCGUUUGAUCAAAGAGACAAGGAGCAGUCAACGAGCUGAACAACGGGCUUGUCGCAUAUUUCAAGCCCAUCUUUCUAGACCUUUGAUUUGGGCCCAUUUGCCGUUUCAUUCUGUUUAUUUCUUUUUCUUAACACUACUAUAUUUCGAUCUGUCGUGUUAGACCUUGCUCAUUCCCAAUUCGUUUUACAGAAGACCAAAUUAGGGUUUCCAUUCAAAGAGAAAGAAAAAUCUCGCGCUCGAUCCACCAACAAGUGGUAUUCAUGGUUGUGUAAUGUGUGGUGUCACCCUUCAGAGUUCAGAGUUGGGUAAGCAUGCUGACUCAUCUUUUUUUUUACAGCAACUCAACAAAAUGAAGGACAUGUGCUGAUUUGUAAGAAUAUAGUAACAGAAGAGCUUAGUUGCUAAAAAAUAAUAAUUGAGGGGCUCCUUUGUAAUAAUACUAUAUAUAGGAAAGGAAUAGGAGUCAAGUUCGCCACUAAUCCCUCAUCUAAUCAGAAAAAGUAUCUCAAACUUUUUUUUUUUUUUACAAAAAAAGUAUCUCAAACUUUAUGAGGGCUGCUGAUGGGCUUUUGUAGUUUACUGUAUCCCCAAUCCUUCCUCCUCUAUGGAGUUGGGUGGACUCACUGUAUAAAUUGUGGUCAAAAUUUUCCAUCUGGUGUGGCGUUGAAACGGUCAUUAUGUCAAUACUAACUCAACAACUACAGGCUACAGCAAGAGGUGUUUUAGUAAUUUGCUAAUGAUGGGGCCAUUUUGGUAAAGCUAGUUUAGCACUGUUUUGCAGAGAAAGAAAAGGGAUAGUUUCGUCCACAAGAGCAGAGUCUUCUUCUUCUUCCACUCUUUUCCCAGCAGCUCUCGACUCAAUUAUUGCCCACUUGGCGGCCAUAGUAGCUCAAGGAAAUUCAUUCAGAAAACCAAGCUGUUAAUCGCAUGCAUCAGCACACCAUUCGUUUCGGAUUGUUCGAUUCCAUGGAGGAACCCAGCUCGAUCCAAUCGGCCGACACCCACUGGCUGGAGUCGAUCAAAAUCGAGCUCGCCGAGCUCUCCCCGCUCUCCUCCAGCUGGACGAUCUGCAGAGUCCCGACGAAGCUCCGCAACACCAACAAAGACGCCUACACUCCCCACAUCAUCUCCGUCGGUCCCAUCCACCACGAGGAGCGGAGCCUGAAGGGCAUGGAGGCUCACAAAUGGCGGUACAUGCUCUCCCUCCUCGAGCGCACCCAGAACGCCGUCGCCACGCUCGACGCCUGCGGCAAGGCCAUCCUCCGCUUCGACAACGACGUCCGCGCCUCCUACGCCGAGUGGAUCAACUACAGCAACACCGACCUCGCCAAGAUGAUGCUCCUCGACGGCUGCUUCAUCCUCGAGCUCCUCCUCCGCUACUCCAAUCCGGACCCCAAGCUCCAGAGCGACCCCAUCUUCACCACUUCCUGGAUGAUUCUCACCCUCCAGCGCGACCUGGCGCUGCUCGAGAACCAGAUCCCCUUCUUCGUCCUCGAGUGGCUCUUCAAUUUCACGGUCCGCCGAACCGCCAACGGCCUCGCCACCCCGUCAUUACCGGAUCUGGCUCUCCGAUUCUUCCGGUCCUCGAUCAACAACGUCAACGAGGAAACCCUAGGCGCCGGCGGCCGGCAGAACAGCCACCACCUCCUCCACCUGAUCCACAACUGCUACUUCCCUUCCUCCCCUCGAAUCGAAACCAAGGGGAAGAGGAACAGCAACAACAUCGAGUUCAUCCACUGCGCGGCGGCGCUCAAGGAGGCCGGGAUCUGGUUCGAGAAGGACGAUACCAAGUCUCUGUUCGACCUGGAGUUCAGGAACGGGGUGUUCCGGAUCCCGCCGCUGCGGGUCCACGACUCGACGGACGCGCUGUUCAGGAACUUCAUCGCGUUCGAGCAGUGCUUCCAGGAGAGCUCGCAGUACAUCACGUCGUACGUGCUGCUGAUGGACCGGCUGAUCGACACGGCCAAGGACGUGGAGGUGCUGGAGCGGCGGCGGAUCGUGGCCAACGAUCUCGGGGGGAGGGAUGACGUGGCGGCGAUGUUCAAUAACAUCUGCAAGCAGAUUGUGCUGCGGGAUUUCUACUUCGCCGGGUUGUGUGAGCAGGUGAACGAGUAUUAUCACCGGCGGUGGAACAGGUACAAGGCGUCGCUGAAGAGGGAUUACUGCACGAAUCCGUGGACGAUUAUAUCGUUGCUGGGAGCUUUCAUUCUGAUUUCCCUGACGGCGGUGCAGACCGUCUACUCUGUUCUCGGUUACUAUCCCCACUGAAGAAGAAGAAGAUUGUUUUUGCGGUUUAAUUGAUGUUGUAAUUUCAAGCGCUGUGCGUUACGGUGAAUGGAUGCGGAAGGCAGCAUUCAGCCAAUUGACAGACGAUGAAAUCAAACCAUAUUUCACCAUUUUAUCACCGUUGAUCUGCCUUUUGCUGCUUUACUUUAGAAAUCGGAGUACGGCAGUCAAUCAGCUCCUCAAAAAUUGGUCACAAACUGCGAUUCAGAGCAUCCUUUACCACCCAAAACCCUGGCCCUAGCUCGGCUUCUUCAGCUACAAACACCUAUCCUUUGUUCAGUCUACUUCCAUUUUCAUGGCUUUAAAAGUUCCCGUCUUUUCUAAUUCAACGCAGGACAUCAACACUGAAAUGUAGCUUACAAUUAAGAUAAAUAUAACUAUGUAAUUAGCUAAUAUGAUCAAAAUAAAUAUGAGGGGUUAAUUGCAUGGUUGGUCAUCGAGAUUACAAAAAAUGUUCAAGUUUGGUCACUUGAAAUGUUUAAAUUCAUUGGUGAUACUUCACUUUACAAAACCGUUCACGUUUGGUCACUCUCCGUUAGCUGCCGUCCAUCUCCGUUAACAGAGUCCGUUAAGUGAUGACGUGGCGGACGAAAUCGUCUAAUCAGCACUAUUUAACCCGAAAAUAGUCUGACCUGACCUGCCACAUCAGAAAAACCCGCCAGCUCAUCUAAACCUACCCAACCCUCUAACCAAACCAGACCCGACCCACCAACCCAACUACCCAUCAAGUUUAAAUCCUAAAUCGAAGAAAAAUCAACACCUUCCCCUUCUCCAUGCAGCGUCGCCUUCCUCCCUCCCGUUUUUCUUCCUCUCCACCUCUGAAUCAGACAAGAAUCAGACCACCCUUAAUAGAACAUAAUACCCAUCAAAGCAUAGCAAUUGAAGAAAAUAGAGAUCAAGAUGAGCAAUCCAAAUCCAAUCGAAAUAUGAUAAAAUAUCACUAAAAGUCUCCUGUCAAUCUAGCCGACUGAUUCGGUAUGAAGAAGCAGAGGAAGGAAAACGGUUGCUGCGUCACAAGGCGAAAAGCUCCAAAAUCUGGAGCCUCCGUGCACCAAAAGAUCUGCAAAACAUGCUUCAAACACCCGGGGAAGGGAAAAUGUCAUUUUAGCUGAAGACAACGACGGUGGCCGCAAGCAGUAGUUAGAGGGAUUUUUUUAGAAGGGGGUAGCGAGGGAGGAGGCGGAGUAAGAGGUGGUGGGCAUGCGGGAGUCGUCGGCGGUGGAGGACGGGGUUUCAAGGCAGGCACCUCUCGGAGCCCGGAGUACUGUUGCGGUUUCGUCCAGCUAAGGAUGAAAGUCAGAGCGGUGUCUGAUGGAGAAAAGGAGUUUGAAAUGAAGAAACAGAGGGGCUAGCGGCGGAUCUGACCGGAGGAUUGAGUUGGAGAAAAAAAGGGGCGAGGGAGGAACAUAACGGCACAGAUCUGAUAGGAUCUUAGAGGUCUGCUUCAGAAAUGGUGCUGGGAUGGCUAGUCCUGCUGCUGCAUAUUGAAGCUUCAAAAAGGAGAUUGGCGCAACAUAAUCGUCGUCUCAGAGGUGGAGAGGAAGAAAAUCGGGAGGGAGGAAGGCGGCGCUAGAUGGAGAAGGGUAAGGUGUUGAUUUUUCUUCGAUUUAGAGAUUUAGUUUUGGUGGGUAGUUAGGUUGGUGGGCCGUGUCUGGUUUGGUUAGAGGGUUGGGUAGGUUUAAUUGAGCCAGCGGGUUUCAAUGACGUGGUGGGCCGGGUCAAACUAUUUACGGGUUAAAUAGUCCUGAUUAGACGAUUUCGUCCGCCAUCUCAUCACUUAACAAACUCUGUUAACGGAAAUUAGACGGCAGCUAACGGAGAGUGACCAAACGUGAACGGUUUUUUGUAGAGUGAAGUACCACCAAUGGAUUUAAAUAUUUCGAGUGACCAAACUUGAACGUUUUUUGUAAUCUCAGUGACCAAUCAUGCAAUUAACCCUAAAUAUAACUGUGUAAUAAGCUAAUGAUGUUGGACUAUAAAUGAACUUGGUAAUCUUAGAAAUUCUUGUAGCAUAUUUUGGACCAAGCUUUACUUGAUCCAAAAAAUUCUUAAGUCCUAAAAUUUAUUAGGUGGGCUUGUCAGGCUAGAGAAUUCAAUUCCAGACUCAUCAGUCAUCGAUUCGAUCUCAGACGCACUCUCCAAAAUUGAGGUUCUUCCUCUCCCUCACUGUCUCCUCCCUGCUCCGUCGAAGAUUAAGGUGGUGGUCGGUCGCCGUGGAGACAAGAGUGUUGUUGAUGGAGUGGUUAGCAGCGUGUUCCAGGUAAGUCUCUCGUUAAUUUUGUCCUUAUUUAAGAUAUGAACUCGAGCAUCGGCGAUACUUGGUCAGGUUUGCUUGUUCUUCCCUUUGGGUUAGUUGCGUUUGGGAAUUUAGGAAUUCUGGGAAUUUGCUUAGUUGAUGAGAGCUCCUCCUGACCUUUUCAACUCUUUUGUUUCAACUUUGAAUGGCCUGCUAGUGGUCAGCCGCUUGAAGUCAAUGCAGCUCUAAGGUCGUGUACUGUGCAAUAUAGAUAGUGAAGGUCAAAGCCAAGAAACUGUGAAAUUUGGGAACUUCUCAGAUGGCUGUUGUAAUAGAAAGGACAAUUAAAGAUGAUGGGAGUGAGAUCACACAUGUAGUUCGAAUUAAAUAAUAGGGUUGUUGUAAUUAUAACCAGUCCCUCAAAAAUCAUGCAGACAAUCCACUAGUGCAUUACAACUGCUUCUCCCAAGUGAGAUGAGUAAAGACCCUGUAUACUUGUGGAUUUGAGUAUCAAAAUUUUGUAUACAGAUGAUUCAUGUAAAAGUUUGUUUGAUUUUGAUGAUUUAAUUACAGAUUUGAAUAUUGAGAAUUGAAUGUCAACAAGCACAUCAAAACCUCAAUAACAGCAUAUUCAGCUUCCUUCAACAUGGAGACGGUCUCAAAGUUGUUGGAUAAAGUGGAUUUCUUGGUAUCCAUACCCUUGAAGACCUGGAUUGUUUUGGUCACAGUGUUCCUGUACUUGAGGUAUCUUCUGCUUUCACCUCCAAAACUUCAUUGGCUUCUAUGGAUAUCUGAUUGAAGUUGCAGCCAGAAAACUGUUGGAGCGAGCAUGGACAGAAACAACUGCCAUUUUCUUGGUUUUGUUUUCAGUCAUGUUUUUGAGAGAGGUGGUUACUGAUAAUUUGCAAUACCUUCUAUGUCAUCUAGAACUUGUUUAUAUAGGCAAUGAGAGGAACCUUAUGGGAGACAAGAGGAAACAAAGCAUUUCAUUUCUGAUGUGCAUAUGCAGUUUUAUGCUUAUGACAGUGGAUUUGAAUCCCCCAACAGAUUCCCAAUAGUAUGAUGUCUAUGAAGUGUCCCUUCUCCACCAACUAAUCCAACUCAAUAGCCUCAUUAUGUAUUUUGUUUUGAUUAAGGCCUUGCUCCGCAGGGUGGUAAAGAUCCAUACUUGUGCGUUCUCCCCACUCUACACUCUUAGAUUUGCAUAACCCUUUAAUAUAUGAAGUGGUUAUUACGAAUGAGACGGAUUGAAUGCAAAAGGAUCGUCAUUAGAAGGUCAUUAUUAAUUAAUGGUCUUUAUGGGUUGUAGAUCUAUAUUCAUAUCAUAUCACACCAGGGUUAGCUAUUUAAUCUUGAGUUAGUUGCAUUCCAUGGUACCAAUCUAAUAAAAUAACCAGUCAUUACAUUAGCAUUCGUAAUUGUAAGAAGGUCAAGUAAUCAUUAUGAGUAGACUGUAAGAGGGCCAAGUAGUGUGCUUCGUAGCUACCAGAUCUCUUAUAGCAAAACAAAGUAAUAUGAAUAAUGCCAAGUAGCUUCCUGCAUGAGUGCCUGAUCCAGCCAUGAUGGCCUAGCUGAUGCUAAUUGCAGUGGAAAUGGGAGGGCAGCAUGAUCCUCUUAUUUAGCUUUUGUAUAAUAUAAUACCGUUCCUGGUCAAAAGUUGAACUUAGUAGGUCAUUUUAGAGUCUUCCAUGUGAAAUGACUAAACUGUUAUCAAUUAUAAUUUACCUCCUUAACUAUCUGUAUUUCAUUAAGUGGAUAACUUUGUCUCAGGCCUUGUGAAAUACUGACUAACAGAUACAAAGUCAUCUCAAUCAAUAAAUCAUCUAUAUUUAUUAAUGAUUAAUAUGGACGAUAAUUAAUCAUAACUGCUGCAAUUUUAAACAACAUGAUCCUGCAAUAUCAAAAGUUUCACAUCAACUGAGGCAGGUUAUGAUUAAACUAUCUUGUUGGCUUAUCACCUGACUCGGACCUGCUGAAAUACUAAAAUUGAUGUUCACAUUGUUGACAUAGUUAACUAUAUCCAAAUCUCAAUGUAUUUGAUGCUUUUCUAUCCCAUGAAUUUCACAAUCUUGUCAAAUAACCCACUCGUGGAGGCAUUAAACUAUCUUGGCAUAUGGUUGAUCCUUCAGUGCAAACUCAAUCGAGCAUCCACUGGACAUUAGGCCAGCCUUCAUAAAUCUGGUGAAGAACUACAGUAACCACUUCAUAUAUUAAAGGGUUAUGCACAUUUCAUUCCACUGUGAUAAUCAAAUUUCAUUUAUCUACUAGAUUUCAAUGUAACAGUACAUACAAAGAUAAUGAAAUAGCAAUGACUUGAUUAUAAUGGAUCAAUGUAAUUGUCUGCAGCUGCAACUUUUAUGUCCUUUUAAGCUUGUUUGGAGUCGUUCAUCCCAUUCCACUGCAAUCGCUGUUGUAUAGCCUCUCCUCUAGGAACAAUUUAGUACAAACAAGGUGUCUCCGUAUAUAAAGAAAUCCCCAAUCCCAGUACUGGUUGUAAGUAAUUAGUGGAUUGUUCUGUCCAGGAGGACUUCAGAGGAUGACACAAUGUAACCUGAAAUCUUGUCAUUCUGUAGCAGAGAGUUUCUUAAACAACCUGUGAUAUGCAUGAUUACUUUAUCUUGUUAGUAUCAGUAUUGGAAGAGUUAUCAAAGCCGUUUAUUAGCAUUGAAGGUAGAUAUUGUAGAUCAUAACAAUUGUCUUCUCAAAAGUCACAUCACAAAGUGAUUCAUUCAGGUUGCCAGCACAAUUAACUUAUUACUACAUUCACUAUAAAUACAUAAAAAUGUAAUCUUAAUAUAAUGUGUAGAGAGGCAUACCUUCCAUUCAAGAUGCAGGUGGUGUGUCAAACUUGUCGUCUAACCUUUCUAUUUCAAACAAACCUCAAGAAUAAACAAGAAUCUCAGCAGUUGUUCAAGAAAAGAAAACUACAAUAUGAAAUGUCAUUACCAAGCUAACAAUUUGAACUGAAUGCCUAACCAUCUUAAUUAAAUGUUAACUGAACUUCAAUGGACUAAGAAGGAACAUAGUCUCAUUUUACUACAGUUGAGGCCAAAAUCUAAUAUAUAUCUGCUUUCUCAUACACCAAACCGUUCACCAUUUCUAGAAAUUGGUACCGAACGAUAGAUCCCUUAAUACAACCGAGAGUCCACAUCUACCGGAGAGAAAAAUCACAGCACAUACCAACAAACUUUGUGGUAUUUCCAUGUCUGAGUCAACAUAGUGUUCUUGCCCUGUCCAAACUAACUUCCCGUAAAAAAGAUUCAUCAAUCCA